AUCGUUCAGUGGGUCGUGCCGAUACACAAUCCCCCGUCAGUGUACAUGUAUGUUUACUACUACUGUCUAUCGUGGAAGGAAAUACGGCGUUCUCAAAGACGCAUUGAUCUUUAAAUGACCACUGUGUGCAUCAGACUGUUAUUAUUACCAACUGUUAAGGAUAUUGAGACCAGGAAUUAUUGAACCAAGCUUAACCCAAGCGCCUAGAUUCACUGAACAGGUAUCUUACAACACAGGAAUCCCGGCGCCAGGUACGAUGAAGGCUUGAGACAAAUGAAUCAUGUAUAGAUACACGAGUACACCCAGGUUAAUCAUCUAGCAGAGACGAACAUUCAUGAAUACAUCAGUAUACACAGUUGCACCCUGUAUCCGCCAUUCCACGACAAGGUUCCGGUGUGUGAGUGAAAGCAGACGACUGUUAACAUGGAGUUUAUGAACCCAGAGGAAGAGAGGAAGUUGAUAGUGGAGUACAACACGCGCUUCCCUAUGAAGGUCGAGUUACACGUGCAUUUGGACGGGUCAGUUCGUCCAGAGACGGUGCUGGACAUCGCCAAAGAGCGAGAUAUGCUGAGCAGUCUUCCACACAAGACUGUAGAGGAACUGAACCGUGACGUCAUCCUCGUGGAGCCCUCCAGCCUCGACAGGCUGCUACAGUCGUUCUCCUACUUUAUGCCCAUAAUAAGCGGUUACAAGAACGCCGUGUCCCGGAUCGCGUACGAGCUCUGUGAGGACUGCGCCAAACACCGGAUCCGCUACAUGGAGGUCCGCUACUGUCCACAGCUUUUCGCAAACUCUGACGUCACCAACGAGUACGUGGGCGAACCCGGCACGUUCACCCCGCGUGACGUCGUGGUUACGGUAAAUGAGGCGCUCGCACGCGGUAUGAAGGACUAUGACGUCACCGUGAAGACAAUUCUGUGCUGUAUGACGCACAAACCAGACUGGGCACCGGAAGUGCUGUCACUCUGUAAGGAGUUCCGGGACAAGGGCGUGGUCGGUAUCGACCUGGCAGGGCUAGAGUUCCAACCAGGAACGCCCGCGGAGGAGUGUGCACUAAAGAAAGUCUUUCAAGAGGCGGCGGCGUGCGGAAUACACAGGACAGUACACGCGGGGGAGAUCGGCACCGCCAGGGCCGUCAGGGAGGCUAUAGACGAGAUGAAGGCAGAGCGUAUCGGACACGGGUACCACGCGUACGAUGACCCGGAAGUUUACAAGAAGGUGAUCAAUGAACACAUCCACCUGGAGACAUGCCCCAUCUCCUCCAUCCUCACCAAGGCCUGCGACAGUGACGUCACUAAACAUCCCCUCAGAAAAUUUGUGAAGGACGGGGUAAGCUACUCGCUCAACACCGACGACCCUGUUGUCCUGGGUAACACACUCACCGACGACUACAAGUUCGCCUCCGACAUGGGCAUCACCGACGAGGAGAUUAUACGAGGGAUUUUCAACGCAGCCCGGUGCUGUUUCUCGGACGUGGAGGAGCGGAAGUCCCUGGUCCGCCAGCUGAAGGAAGUGUAUGGUCCCAAGUACGACUACCAGAGUAUACAUCCACACAAAUAACACACCGUCUAGUUAUAGGACUCAGAUUUAUUCAUUAUUGGAUUGUGUUAUAUACGAAAUGUCACAAAUAUUUCGCGUUACUUAUUAAGCUUUUUAAUAAUUUCUAAUACAAAAGUUUAUGGAACUCAUUGUGGCAAAAAUAUGAAGCUCGCCACUAGCUCGCUUUCAAACUUUUCCUACACUCGUUCUAUAUUUUUGGUGUAUUAAGUUGCCAUCUUUAUCUAGAAUUGUCGCAGAUAAUAAUACAGCCUUAAUAACGUUACCAAAACAUGAAACAAGCAUGGUACAAAGUGAAUUGUUAUUGAAAACUUGCUGUUCGACAUGACAGUGUACAUCCGAAUAACUAACAUAUAAGGGCGCUAAUUGAAGAUGAGUAUUGUAUCGCUAUGAAGUAUUUGUAUGUGAAUGUGCCCAUGUUUAUGCGCUUUAUGUGGAAUAGAAAAAUUGAGCCCGGACGUUCAUACCGAAUGUAACGCCCACAUAAUAGGAAUCAAUCCUUUAAUAUUGUUGGGAUUAAUAUGAAUGUUAGUAGUGUUUGUGUUGAUGUGAACUACUUUUGAGUGCGACGCCAUAAAAUUGCAUAUAAUGAGCUUAUAUGAUAUCCUACACAGCAUUAUUGUGAUCUUGUUGAGUGUGAUGAACGCACUCGAGUAAACUACUUGUAGUGAUGCUUCUAGCGUAAGCUUCAAAUCACAUCAUAAAACACUAUCAUGAGUUUUCUUCGUACUUUCUGUUUUCUGUUUCAAUAAGGACGUAUAAUGACGAGUUACCAAACAGCUGUAAAUGUUGAUUUCGUUUUGUAUAUUAUACCAUUAACCUCAAACAAUUAAUGACUUGAUUUAACACUUUGUUACAUAUAACUUGUCCUUUAAAGAAAUGAUGUGCUAUUGCUUACAUCAUGUUAACGCAUGCACGUCAAUUCACCUGUUCUGUUUCAGUACAGGCUGUGUUCCAUGUACACUGAUUGAGUACAGGCUGUGUUCCAUGUACACUGAUUGAGUACAGGCUGUGUUCCAUGUACACUGAUUGAGUACAGGCUGUGUUCCAUGUACACUGAUUGAGUACAGGCUGUGUUCCAUGUACACUGAUUGAGUACAGGCUGUGUUCCAUGUACACUGAUUGAGUACAGGCUGUGUUCCAUGUACACUGAUUGUGUACAGGCUGUUUUCCAUGUACACUGAUUCAGUACAGGCUGUGUUCCAUGAACACUGAUUGAGUACAGGCUGUGUUCCAUGUACACUGAUUGAGUACAGGCUGUGUUCCAUGUACACUGAUUGAGUACAGGCUGUGUUCCAUGUACACUGAUUGAGUACAGGCGGUUUUCCAUGUACACUGAUUGAGUACAGGCUGUGUUCCAUGUACACUGAUUCAGUACAGGCUGUGUUCCAUGUACACUGAUUGAGUACAGGCUGUUUUCCAUGUACACUGAUUGAGUACAGGCUGUGUUCCAUGUACACUGAUUCAGUACAGGCUGUGUUCAAUGUACACUGAUUGAGUACAGGCUGUGUUCCAUGUACACUGAUUAAGUACAGGCUGUGUUCCAUGUACACUGAUUGAGUACAGGCUGUUUUCCAUGUACACUGAUUGAGUACAGGCUGUUUUCCAUGUACACUGUUUGAGUACAGGCUGUUUUCCAUGUACACUGAUUGAGUACAGGCUAUUUUCCAUGUACACUGAUUCAGUACAGGCUGUAUUCCAUGUACACUGAUUCAGUACAGGCUGUAUUCCAUGUACACUGAUUCAGUACAGGCUGUAUUCCAUGUACACUGAUUCAGUACAGGCUGUAUUCAAUGUACACUGAUUCAGUACAGGCUGUAUGCCAUGUACACUGAUUCAGUACAGGCUGUAUGCCACGUACGUAAUCGUGUGAUCUGAUGAUUAAUAAUUUUAUUUUUUAUAUUUUAUAUUUUUUUAUUGUUUACAUUUUGUUUCUUUGUAUUAUCGGACUUUGCAUCCGACUUUGCAGUUUUAUAUCUCCAUCCGUAAUGAAAUGCAUAAUUACAUUUUUACUUAAAUCAUCAUAACAUUUUACAUCUUGCUACAAUUAACUUUUAGGUCACAUUCUGUGAGAUCAGAAACUUGUCUAUUAAUGAUACACGCUUUGUCAUUUUACACAUGCCCAAAUGUCUGUUCCCUUUUAAUUCGACCUUUUCAUCCGCUGAAAUAUUGGUGUCAAGUCGCGCUUAACGCGAGGAAUUAGCUUUAAGUUCAGAAGCAGUCAAUUGUGUAAAACUGGAUAAGUUAUCCACUGGUUAUGUUUUGGCUAGUUUGCACAAUAAGCAAUUUGAUUGGACAGCAGUUGCUUUGGAUAACUAUUGACCAAUCAACAAACAAAGUUUUGGCCAGUGUUCUACAAUUGGCUUCAGCUAAUGGUCUGACAGAAUGUGGUUUAAAAGGUGCUAACACAAGCUGCCAUGUUGUCCUCGACUGUAGAUUGUUUCAAUUUCAUGAGGUUUAGAAUUCGCCACACUCUGAAGUCAUCAACUGAAAGCAGUGACAGCAAGGUUGUAUUUCACGAAAAUUAAACCGUCACGAAACUUUACCAGUCUACAGUAUUUGGGUUUUGUGAAGCCAGUACAGUGUUGUUACUGUUAACCCUGUGAGUUAUAUAAUAAAUGUUGAACAAAUGAAAGGCGUUAUUACAGUUCCUACACAGAACGGUGGUCUCAGUCCCACCACCAGCCAUGAUUAUAAUCAUGGUCAUUUUAAACGUUUUGUCUUCCGGGAGAUACGUUGAAUAGCGGUCCCGUGUGACAGUGUUAUGCACUUGUGCAUGUUAAAAAAAUCAGGGUAGCUCUAACCAGGGUUACAUUCUGUCUGUGCACUAUGCUCCAAGAAACAUAAAAUGACUAAUAAUCUUAUCGGAGCACUCGCCGAUUGGGCAAGGGCCGAGUGCGAGUAUAAAUAAGCUUAGACAACACCAGGUUUUGUUCAAAGAGCGGCUCACCGCGAGUGCUUCGGUGGCCGCCGCCCCGUUAAAAAAGUUGGACCACUCUAUAUGUCAUUCAUCGAAGAGCCCGUGGCAUUUGGGGCUCAAAAUUACUCAUUUGGAGAAUAUCCCACAAAACGGUGGGAAUAAAACUCCCCUUUGGCAUCAAAAAUAUGUUUCAGUCACACUUGGGGAUGUGACGGGGUCAAGCCAUAAUGCAGCCAUAUGGCGCGGGCAGAUCUUUAGAACUGACUCAACAACAACAACAACAACAACAACAACGGGUUUUGUAACCACACGUGUAUGAUAUACAUGUACAUGUCAGUGAUAGAGCAUUUGCUAAGGAUGAGGAACGUCGCAUGUCUAAACAUCGACAGCGUCAAGUGGAAGAACUGCGAAUCUCUAAUUCAUUGUCAUUUUUCUUUUACUGAGUAUGGAUGAUGAAAUUUGCUGCCAUUAGAUAAAAUAUAAAAAUACUGUUGAAAGAAAUAAUUGGAAAUAUUUUUGAAGGCUUUUUAAGAUUUGCAAAUUUUAGUUUUAUUAUAUAACCGACACUCGCAUUUGAUUCAAAAUUAUGAGUUUACGAUAUUUUGUCACACGCGUGUUGAUACCGGGCCAAUGCAAAGAUAAUUGUUUCAAACGAUACCGACACGGGUUUAUUUUAAAUUUAAUGCAUAAUUCUCUUCACUUAAUUGUGAAGUACAAACAGUAUAGCCGCAACGUGAAAUUUACGCCACGGUAACGUAUUUUUGUGUAUUACAAUUUCUUUUGUACGAGAGGUUCGAGCACUAAAUAUAAUAAUACAUUGAUACAAUGUUACACAUUUGCUUUGUUACUUCGUAAAUGUUUUACUUCGUGACUAUACCUUAUCAUUAUUAUAUAUUAUGCUGGUUAUUACACAUUUAGAAUGUUUCUAAGGGAGGUAAUAAACAGUGAUGGAAAUAUA